CAUCAAAGACACGACGUCUCCGACAGGCAAACGUUCUUCAGCAACACGACGAUCCCCUGAUCCUAUCGAGCUGUCUGUCGCACACGAGAUCAACAUGUUGCCGAGGCCCUAAGAGAACAUUCGUGAGGGUUUCCGAUUCCGACUCUGCCUCCCACGGGGACGUUCCACGCCGACAACUCGCACGUCUCGUCCACCGGUCGGAUCAUGCCAUCGCGAAUUCCUCCACGCCAUGCAGCAUCGGCACCGGUACUGCCAACCACACCACCGCCAUCGUCCGGCUGCGGGGGCUAUGGGAAACACCCCUCUGCGCCAUCAUCGCUCGCCAUGAUAUCCUCUCGCUCUACCUCCUCAACCCCAAGUCGGCCACCUCGUCACUCGCUUCGCGAAGUAGCCCAUGUACCCUCGCUCGACAUGCCUCUAAUCUCGCACAGCCGCCCGUGGCUCCGCGUUGUGCCGCCGCUGCUCGCUCUGCCUGGCCGGGCACUGCUGCUCGUCCUGGCUUGCCUCCUUCUAACAACUCGACCUGCCGACGCCGUCCAGAUUCCUUUCUCGAACUGUCUCCCCGACUCCUACAGAUUGUACGAGCCACGUCUUCUGCAGUGGACCCCGUUGUACGCCGAUGCUCGCUUUGAUACCGAGAGCGAAAACCACAAUCUUCGUGUCAUCAUUUGGGGAAAUGUGACAGGCUCCCAUUCUGGGGUCUCCCUCCCCCCGCCGAGCGACUCCCACUGGGAAGAUCCCACAGAGACUGAGGGCAAGAUUGUCCGGCUUCCCAACGAACCCAACGCCAAGGUCACGGCGCUCAAGACGCAGGUCGAGAUGCUCACAUACCAACCCUUUGGCGCUCGUGAAGACUUUUGUAACGACAAGCUCGUGAACGCCUCCUGUCCCCUGGCGCCCGUCUUCAACCAGACUGAUGUCCAUGACUUCUUCUCCUCCUAUGCCUUUGCAUCCUUCUCCGCGACCUUCCUCGUUAUUUACGGUGACGUUGCCGCUACUGACAUUGGUUGUGUCUCUGCGACCAUCACCCCGGAUCUCGGCCACCUGGCCGGCUUGAUCAAAUGGAUGCCCUUUGCCAUUCUGUUGUUCGUCGGCUUCGCUACCGUUUUGGCGAGCAUGUACAGCCCCUGGGGCACCACUGACGUUUUGCGGUGGACCUCAAACUUUGGGCGGGAUCAGGACUUGCUGCGUCUUGUCACGCCUGGCUUCGGCGACUGCCUGCAGUAUAUCCAGUUUGUCGUUCUCACCGGAUCACUCACUCUGAGUUACCCUGGCUUCUACCAGCCCAUCGUCAGCCAAGCGAGCUGGUCAGCCUUGAUGUUUAAUGAGAGUUUUGUAGACAAGUCUCCCGGCUGGCCAGCUAUUCAAGACGGCAUCUACGUUACAGAAGGCCAUCAUGGUCUGGAGCGCUUUGCGCACCUGGUCGGUAUGGGUGAUGUCGAGGAUAUCUGGGUAGGCAUGAUGGUCUGGCUGCUGGUCAUCAUUGCCUCCGUCCUCGUGCUCAUCCAGAUAGGCUUUUUCGUUCUUUGGAUCUACCGACUGAUCAGCAGCACGACUGAGGAGGACCUGCGCGCGAAAAACUUGCCGUUCUCGAUAGGCAACGUUGUCCGAGUCGUCUUCAACUUCUUCUUGCUGCCCAUCGUAGCGCUCUCCACCUUUCAGCUCGUCGUUGCCGGCGAAUCAGCCAACUUUGCCGUCGCCUUGGCUGUCCUCACGUUGGGCAUCGCGAUUGGUGCCGGGGCAACCCUUUGGCAUCGCCUCAGAUUGUCUUGCUCGCCAUCUGUGAGGGUGGUGCAAGUCUUGCCCCUACACGCAUUUCGUCCCUUCCCUCCUGCAACAUUCAUGAACGCCUACCAUACCAUGUUCUCCGUCGUGAGGUUCAUCACCGUCAUGCCUCAUGGGUUCCCCUCAUCCCUGGAGCUCGGGAGUCACAGGAAGGCCCCCAAGGACGUGCGUCGAAGUCAUCCCCCGGUCUGCCUGGCGCCGGUGGCGAGAGUGGCCUGGCCCAGAGGUGGACUAGCCCAAGAUCUUUCGGCAUGCGCCAACUGCAGCGACGUACAAUGGCUCGUCGCAACGGGGCCGUCUCGCCAAAGCACGCUUUCGAGCACCCGCCAUGCUCGAUGCCCGACGAAGUGUCCAAAAGCGGGCUACAUGCCCGCAGGGAGAGUGCGAAGUGAAUCCCAGGGGAGCGCGUUCCUCCUGAGGAGCCAACAGAGAAGCUCUUCGGUUCUUGAUAGCAUCGACACGUACUCGGCGCCGCCUCGCAACUUUGAUAGCGGCAGCAACUUCACGCCGACGACUCCUGGCGAGGCCAGCACCUUUUCGUUCCUACCCUCGCCCGGCGGAGCCACCCGCCCUCAGCCGGCUAUGAUUGCUGACCCCUCGGACCCCUACUAUCGGCCGCCUCGGCGUCGCGGCGACACACUGACGGGCUCCAUCAUGUCGGACAGACGCCGCGUUUCCAUUGCUGACUCGAGACGAUAUAGUCAGCUUGCGCCACAGCCAGCUGAUGGCGGCGACCUGGGAAGAUGCCCUGCCCUGCGGACCAGGCAGAGCCUGUCGAUUCUACUACGCGUCGCGUCAGCGCCUGACUCGAGCUCAGUCGCAGACUCGUACGGGCUGCGACCGACUGGUCCCAUGCUCUGCAGCUGCUGGCUCAGACGAUGCUCGGCGCAAGACAAAGAGAAGGGCAAAGGAUUCGAGGUUGUCCGCAGCGCACGCAUGCCAACUUCGAUGCGUGCUCCCGGUGGCGAGUUUAGUGACAAUCCUCCCCCUGAAGGAAUUCCAGUGGCCAUGGGGGUACUGAGGAACGGACCCAUCGAUUCUGAUGAUGAUGAUGACGAUGAUGGUCGUGCUGCUGCUGCACCGACGAAGGAUCAGAAGAACACACCGACGAAGGCUGCUGCGCCACAAGACGACUUGUUGACGGGAGACGAGGGGCGACGAAGCUCGGAGGAGACGGUGUCGGACCGAUCGAGGGUACCAGAUGCGCCUCCUGCGCUGCCAGGGCUAGAUUACGGCGACAGUUUCCACCUGCCCAGCCGAAUCCCGUCGCAAGCUAGCCGACAGCCAUCACAGAGACAGAGGCCGAGGAACCUUGGAGUCGUCGGCCCUGAGUCUGAGACGCCCGACAUCCCCCGGAAAAGCUCGAAACGCCACUCGCAGGCCGAGUUCGACCACUCCCCCACGCCCUCCUUUAACCUGGUCCCGCCGACAUCGCCGUCGCGUGGCCAGGCACAACGGGCAGCAGUCGAUACAUCUCCCAAUCGACUGCCCUUUACAAGGACGGAAUCGCAACGACGACGCCUCUCGGGCUCGUCGAUGGAUGCUAGCGAUCUCAGCCAAAUCGACUUGAGCGGAUCUCCCGACGAUCGACCGACAAGUUUCGGUUACGUGCCACAACACAACAUCAGCAGAAUCGAUCCAGACCAGCAGCACCACGUGGACCUGCUGGGCGCAUCGGCGGAACUCGUCGACGAGAGGGGCGCAUCGAGCCGCAGCUCCACGAGAUGA